UUGAAGAAUUGGUUGGAAUCCGAUAAGGUUAGGGUCUUCCUCCUUUCUCUGCCUCAUAUCCGCCGCUUUCUUCUUGGCCGAUCAGUCGCAGGCAAACUCAAUCGAAUUAUCUAUCAGCUCCGGCGGAGGCAGUGAUCUCAGUAGAGGACAUACCAUACCAUGUCGUGCACCGCCACCAUCGCCUCCUCCCUCUCUUUCACCUCCACAACAUGCCGUCGACUUAUCCGCCCUCUCCCUGCCAUCCGGAUGUCCGCCGAGGAUAGUGAUAGGCCCAGCCUGGGCAGGCCUCUGCUUCCACCGCCCUUCCGCCUCCUCACCUUCCGAUCCCUCCCGAUCGCUGCCGCCGUAGCGCUGGCCACCUCGCCCUUGCCCGCGCUGGCGGAGCAGAUCGAGAAGGCGGCGCUGUUCGACUUCAACCUGACGCUGCCGGCCAUCGCCAUCGAGUUCCUCCUCCUGAUGGUGGCGCUGGACAAGAUCUACUUCACGCCGUUGGGCAAGUUCAUGGACGAGCGGGACGCCGCCAUCCGAGGCAAACUGUCCGACGUGAAAGACGUGUCCGCCGAGGUGAAGCAGCUGGAGGAGCAGGCAGCUGCGGUGAUGAAGGCGGCGCGGGCCGAGAUCUCGGCCGCACUGAAUCAGAUGAAGAAGGAGACGACGGAGGAGCUGGAGAAGAAGCUGGCGGAGGGCCGGAAGCGGGUGGAGGCGGAGCUAGCGGAGGCGCUGCAGAACUUGGAGAGGCAGAAGGAUGAAACGAUCAAGGCCCUUGACUCGCAGAUUGCCGCCCUCAGCGAUGAGAUCGUCAAGAAGGUUCUCCCUAGCGUUUGAUUCCGCUCCUCCUUUUUCUCCUUUCUUCUUUCUCUUUGCUGUGCUCUGCUCUGCUCUGCAAUCGUAGUAAGUUGGUAGUGGCCGUAUAAAGAAAAGAACUUUAUUCAUUACUGCCGAACCGCAAUAUCGUUACAGAUUUACCGAACUGUAAUAUCGUAAUGUUGGAUACAACUAAUUUGUUGUCGGAGAUAUACAAAAUAUUAGUUGAAUUUAAA